AUGACACUUAAUAUUAUCAUUGUCGGGGCGGGCAUUGCAGGGCUGACGGCUGCGGUCUCUCUGCACCAAGCUGGGCACCAUGUCAGGGUAUACGAAAGCUCAGCAUUCGCCGCUGAAGUCGGCGCAGCACUCAAUCUAGCUCCCAACGGCACAAGAGUUCUUCAGAAAUUAGGAUUUGACAUGCAAAAAGCAAGUGCCGUACCAAUAAACAACUGGGAUACAGUAGACGGAACCUCUCUGCGCCGAAUCGCCUGCCAGGACUUGAAACAAGCUUCUGAACGAUUUGGAGCGGCCUACGUCGCUGUGCAUCGAGUAGAUCUGCACAACGAGCUGAUGCGCUUGGCUGGUGUUGAUCAACCUGGAGCCCGUGGCGUCGAACUUCACCUUUCGUCGCGCGUUAUACAGAUUGACCCCGAAGCUGGGCUUGUUGAGUUUGUGGACGGGCGUAUUGAAAAGGCAGAUCUGAUUAUCGGAGCAGAUGGGCUUCAUUCGGUGUCUCGCAACGCUAUCACAUCCGCAUCUGAGGGUCCCUCAACGGCAGCAAAACGCUCAACUGGUCUCAGUGCAUUCCGUUUCCUGGUUCCCACUGAAGUGCUGGAGAAUCAUCCUGCUGGCAAGGAAUUGCUUGCCUGGAAGACCCCUGGAGCUACUUUGCUGGGGGAUCCUAACUCGAAGACUAUGGAGGAGGAGCGCCAUAUGAUGUGGUAUCCAUGUCGAAGUGGUAAAGUGCAGAAUUUCGUCGGGAUUCAUCCUACAGUGACCGGCGAACAACCGGAGAACUCGGAAGGUGCCAUCUCCAUGUCGCCAAUAACUCCGUUUAGGAUUCUGACUGUGAGAAAAGGGAUUAAGAGGCAGAUGUUGAGCGAAUUCUCUCAUUUUCAUCCUCAAGUUGUUGAGAUUCUCUCGCUGGGCAACGAUGUAAACUGCUGGCCCCUCUUUCACACUGAACCCUUAAAUUCCUGGACCCGGGGCAAAUUGGUAGUCAUUGGUGACGCCGCUCACCCGAUGCUCCCAUUCGGCGGCCAAGGCUCAAACCAAGCCAUCGAAGAUGGAGGAGCACUCGGGUUUCUUUUGAAAGAUGUCGACGACGUCGCGGAGAUUCCAGCUCGUUUGGAGCUUUUCGAAAAGGUGCGUCGGCGACGGGCAUCACGAGUGCAGAUUCUCUCUACUGUAAGAGCAAAUCGCGAGCAUCAGGUCGAAACGCAAAUCAGGCAGUACAUGGAGGAAGACGUGUUAUUGCCGAAUUCUUUUGCUGCCAGGGUGGCGCAUGAUGCAGGGUUUGAUGUAUUCCGUCGAUGCCAUGAGGUUUUAGCUAUCUGA